GUUUUCAUCGAGACGUUGUUGGAGCGAGCCGACCGCGCAGAGAGACAGUUACUGCUGCUGGGCUCACACACACACCACAACCACUACACACACCACAACCACUACACACACCACAACGACAGGUACGCACACACGGACGCAUACGCACAACCGUACACACCCGCACCCGGCCGAGGAGGACGCAGUCUGGACGCCAGCACUGAUGACAUCAUCGCAGACAAGAUGCAGGGAACCAUCGGGAACAGGAGGAGUUACAGUGUUUCAGGCUCCUACAGACUCGGGGAGCAGCCAUACAGCCAACACCACUACAGCGGUCCUACUGGUCGUAUGCGGACCUCGUCUCUGGGUUCAGGGGGAUGGGACGGUGAGGGGGGGUUCACCCAGCUCCACUCCCACUUCUACGCUUCACCCUGGAAGCCCCCUCCUCACUUGACCCACCCCUCCUGUCGUCAUGGUGACAGAAACUUGGGGGCAGACACCUUGAGGUUGAGGGCGGGGCUUUUCUGCGUUUUUCCGUACCUUGAUGUUCGCUCCCUGCUGCGGGCCGCUGAGGUCUGCUCAGAUUGGCGCUUCGUAGCUAGGCACCCGGCAGUUUGGACACGCCUCCGGCUGGAGAACGCCAGAGUGUCAGCAGAGUUCCUGUCCACUCUGUCUCAGUGGUGUACACAAACUCAGUCAGUGGUCCUCAACAACCUGAAGCCUCGGAGCAGACGAGCCAAUGAGACGAGAGAGGAUUACCACAAGACAACGCGAGGCAGCGUGGAGCCGGGGGUGGAGGCCUUGCUGCGGUCAGCAGGGGGCAGUCUGCUCCACCUGUCUGUCUCUCAGUGUCCUCACAUCCUCACAGACCGGACACUGUGGCUGGCCAGCUGCUACAGCCGGAACCUGCAGACGCUCACCUACAGGAGUUCUUCGGACCCUCUAGGUCAGGAGGUUCUCUGGGCCCUGGGUGCGGGCUGCAGGAACAUCAGCAGCCUGCAGGUGGCACCAGCUCACCCCUGCCAACAACCCACUCGUUUUGGAAAUCGUUGCCUGCAGACGAUUGGCCGAUGCUGGCCGCACAUCCGCUCCCUCAGUGUGGGCGGGGCCGGCUGUGGGACUCAGGGAUUGGUUGCUUUAGUGCGCAGCUGUUCUGACCUGCAGAUCUUGGAGUUGGAGCGUGUUACCGACCUCGGCCUGCAGGUGGCGACAGAUCUGUGUGACGCUGGUCUGAAGAGUCUGGAGACUCUGAUCCUGACGCACUCACCCGUCAGCGGUCAGGCCAUCCUGCACUUCCACAGUGUGUGUGAGAACAUCAGGUCUAUAGUGGUGGAGGUCUCUGUGGCGGAUUACUUUGAAGAGCCGGACACCGAAGAAUCUCGACACCUGUUUGGAGAAAUCCUCACAACGCUGAAGGUUCUUCAGCAGCGACCCGGACUCUUUGACGUCUUGACGGUUAAAGCCGAAGGAUUCUGCUAACCUCGACACACACACUCCUAAAAGUACGAGGACCUUUAUUUAUAUCUUAUGCAUUCCUUUAACCGACGCAGCGGAGAGAAGGGAAGAAGUGCCUACAUGAGGCAGAUUAAGAGAUGGUGUUUGUGGCUCACGUCAUCAUCACGGUUUUUAAUCUGUAAUGUUGUUAAUAAAGUUAUUUAGAAAUCAAGUCAUCAAGAAGCACAAAGAAAGAAAAAAUGUCCAAACCUGCAAUAUAUGAGAUUAAAGAACAACUAUGAUAAAAAUAUGACCUCACAAUCAUCCAUUUACUUAAAAAGCUUUUAGAAUUAACUCUUUAAAGGUCGAGUUUGUCAACACAACAUUCAAACGUGGCC